UUUGUUUUGAUUAUAAUUUAAUGACGAAUAAAAAUAUUAGUGACUAGUGCGCACAAAAACAACGUAAAAAAAAAAACUGUUGUGAUUAUUAUUUACUGUUUACAAAUACGGAAGAAUUUUUAACCAAAUCUACAUUGAAUCAAACCCAUGGGAUCCGAUGUUCUGUCGUGAGCACUAAGGUUGUUUGAGUAAUCCGACGACGCGUUAGUAAGUAAAACGGCACGAGUCCAGAGUGUCGUUUGGACCAAGAUAAACAAUUGCGCAUUUAGCGGUUUUAAUCAGGCAUAGAAUGAGAAGAUGGCUGCUACUCUGCUAGAGAAUACAAAAGGGAUGACCGAUUCCGAAACUCAUCUGUUGUCUUUCAGCCUCGAUAAUUUGGAGAUCGACCCCACCAGGCCUCAUAAGUAUCCCGGGAACGUUGUGGAAAAGGACAAUGAAACCAAAGAACCAUAUCCAACUGGUUGUGUAAUAUGCCGUUGUAUGAAUACAAAAUCACUAACCUGUGCGUAUCCUCAAAAACAAAAUUCUGAAUUGCCAUCAAAAGAUUGCAUUCUAAGGCCUCCUAAGCUAAACAGAGUGGAGAGGUGUAAGCAACAAUAUGCAGCAGCAUCUCCUGUACCUAUCAAUCGAAGGUUUAAUCGUAAACAAUUAAACCGAAAAUGGUCAACCGAUGAUGAAUUUCUAUCGGAAUUAUCAUUGAACAAUAAUAAUAAUAGUAAUGAGUGUACCAAUGUCAUACCAUGUACGGAUGAUGUAACAAUUGACGAGUUAGCCAGUUAUUUUGAAGAUCUAGUACACAUUCCUAAAAAAAUGUCUGACAUGGCUGAACUGAUGUACAAUUAAACAUACACAUAUAGAUCAUUUAUUGUUAUUCUGUUUGUUUCUUUUAGGUAAACUUUUACCAACUUAAAUAAUAAUAAUAAUUUGUUGAAUCAUAUUCAAUUGUUAUAUUAUGUAUAGCAAUUGAGAAUACUGAUUUAAAUGUUAAAUAUGAAUUGUUGUCAACAAUCGUUUUAAAAGACCAAGUCAUGUAACAGUAUAAUUAUAUAGUCACUUUUUGUAUAAUCAUAUGAUGUGUACAAGGAAGUAAAUUACUAAUACUUCAUUACUAUUCGUUAUGUAAUAUACUGAUAGUCAAGUGUGUA